UUAUGGCUAAUUUCCUUGAUAGUUAAUUAAUAAAGAAAUCAAUUAAUUUCAAUUAAAGCCAUAAAUAACUCUAAUUAACUUUGUCUAUCGUUUUGUACACAUAAUUUCGUAUAUAUUGAUAUAGUAUGAAAAUACUGCGUAAUACAAUAUAAUAAAUGCUACAAUUCUCUAAGAGAUAAAAAAGCUUAACAUGUGCUGUAUAUCUUGUACAAUAUCUUUUGCUCAUUUUAUAUUUUCUAUCGUUUAUAAUUAGCUGGGUACCGCUAUACGCACACAUGUUGAAAUAGCAUGCGGACUGAUGUACUGCACUGUAUGCCAGAUGGAUCUUAAUAUAUUUCUUUGCAAGACAAUUCAAAGCUGGGGGCAAUAGUGAAAAAGUAGUACUCAAUUCUUCGUAUGUGUGCGACAUUUACGAUGAAAAAUAGCACGAGAUACACGAGAGUCAUUAAUUUACUCUUCCGAAAAAUUUUCCGAAAAUUGAAUAAAUUACAUGGCAUUAUAAUUAAAUUAUAAUAUAAACAUUAUUUUAUAAUUAUAUAAUUGUGAUAUAUAAGCUGAAAACGACAAAUUUCAUAUUAAAAUUCAUGCUAUAGUUAAGCAUUAUAGGCAUGAACUUAUUCCUGUAUAACAUAUUAAAUAACAAAAUCAUAAUACAUACAAUUUCUCUCGUAGAAUUUUGCAAUGAACUUCACGCGUGUAUCAUUUGGAUCGUACAAACAAAAUUAAAAGACAAUGUUAAUCAAAAUUCUAAAAUUCUUUUCUUCUCAAAUAAAAAUUGACAACAAUUAACAAACUAGAAGUUGUAAGCUAUGGCAGCUGUAGGAAUAAAUGGAUUUGGAAGAAUAGGUAGAAUGUGUCUCCGUGUUUGUCUCGAAAAAGGCAUUAAAGUAAAAUUAAUUAAUGAUCCAUUUAUAUCAACCGAGUAUAUGAUAUAUCUUUUUAAAUUCGAUUCUACUCAUGGACCUUAUCCUCAACCUUUGGAACUUGCUGAAGAAAAUAUAGUAAUUAACAAUGAGAUAAGAAUUGCUACAAAACAUAUAAAACACCCAAACAAAAUACCAUGGAAAGAUAUGGAAGUAACGUAUGUCAUAGAAACUACCGGAGUAUUUACAGAUAUUCAGGAAGCAAGCCGGCACAUCGAUGGUGGCGCAAAAAAAGUCAUCAUUACCGCACCAGGUAAUGUACCAAUGCUCGUUUUCGGAGUCAAUCAUACGUGUUACAAUCCCGAAAAAGACAAGGUUGUAUCCGCUACGUCCAGUACUACAAAUUGCACAGCUCCAAUAGUUAAACUCAUGCAUGAAAACUUUGAGGUUCUUGAAGUGGCGGUAACUACCAUACAUGCGGCGACAGCAAAGGGGAAUGUCGUGGACGGUCCAACAUGUGGAAAGAAAUUUACUACGUUAUGGCGAAACUAUAGAGGCUGCUCACAGAAUAUCAUCCCGGCCAUGUGCAGCGCUAACAUAUCAUUAGAUAAAAUUAUCCCUGAGCUCAAGUGCAAAUUUUCCAGCAUACAGUUCAGGGUACCAAUUUCCAACGUUUCAUUAUGCGAUAUGACAUUCAGGGUCAACACAUCGGUGGGGUAUCUAGACGUGAAGAAGGUGAUGAGAGAAGCAUCGGAGAACCGCAUGAAGGACGUGUUAGGAUACUCGGAAGAAGACUGUGUGUCGUCGGAUUUUAACCACACCACUUAUUCUUGCAUAUUUGAUGCCAAAGCGAGCUUUAAACACGAUAAUUCUUUCAUCAAGAUCAUUGCUUGGUAUGACAAUGAGUAUGGGUUUGCGUCUCGCAUAGUCGAUCUACUUCAAUACAUGUACAACGCCGAUUCCGGGAACGUUCCCGUAACCGCAGAAACUAUCGAGCACGGAGAUGAUUAAGGACAGAUUCAAAGAGAUUCAAACAUCCGAUAUUAUUUAUGUUACACGCACACAUCUCAUCUUGCAGGUUAUCAGAUACCCGUAUCUUAUAACCUGCAUAAUAUGAUAAAACCCAGAUAUCAAAAGUAUAAGAAUAACGAAUAAAUUGCGUACUUUUAUUAUUCUACCCUUUUCAUAAUAUCUUUCUACAUUUAGUCUCAAUUAUUUCUA